AAUGGUUUGUCUCCGUUGCACAUGGCAACACAAGGAGAUCAUCUAAACUGUGUCCAGCUUCUGAUUCAGCACAACGUGCCUGUAGAUGACGUCACUAAUGACUAUCUGACUGCGCUGCAUGUUGCCGCCCACUGUGGCCACUACAAAGUUGCCAAGGUUCUCUUGGACAAGAAAGCUAAUCCUAAUGCCAAAGCACUGAAUGGUUUCACACCUCUUCACAUUGCCUGCAAGAAGAACAGAAUAAAAGUAAUGGAACUUCUUCUGAAGCAUGGUGCAUCAAUCCAAGCUGUCACUGAGUCGGGCCUAACACCAAUCCAUGUUGCUGCCUUCAUGGGACAUGUAAAUAUUGUAUCGCAGCUAAUGCAUCAUGGGGCAUCGCCCAACACUACAAAUGUGAGAGGAGAAACGGCGCUGCACAUGGCUGCCAGAGCUGGCCAAACAGAGGUCGUUCGAUACCUGGUACAAAAUGGAGCUCAGGUGGAGGCUAAAGCUAAGGAUGACCAAACGCCACUGCACAUUUCUGCUCGACUGGGAAAAGCAGACAUAGUACAGCAGCUGCUACAGCAAGGAGCAUCUCCAAAUGCAGCUACGACAUCUGGCUAUACGCCCCUGCAUCUUUCUGCUCGAGAAGGACAUGAAGAUGUAGCUUCUGUUCUUUUGGAUCAUGGUGCAUCUUUAUCUAUCAUUACCAAGAAAGGAUUUACUCCCCUACAUGUGGCUGCAAAAUAUGGGAAAAUUGAGGUAGCCAACCUACUGCUGCAGAAAAAUGCAUCUCCUGAUGCUUCUGGAAAGAGCGGUUUAACACCACUGCAUGUAGCUGCACACUACGAUAAUCAAAAAGUGGCACUCCUACUGUUGGACCAGGGAGCUUCACCUCACGCAUCUGCCAAGAAUGGCUAUACACCACUGCACAUAGCUGCCAAGAAAAACCAGAUGGACAUAGCAACGACACUGCUGGAGUACGGUGCUGAUGCCAAUGCUGUAACCAGACAGGGUAUCGCCCCUCUACAUCUUGCCUCUCAGGAUGGCCACGUGGACAUAGUGUCAUUGCUUCUCACUAGAAAUGCCAAUGUAAAUCUCAGCAACAAGAGUGGACUGACGCCACUCCACCUGGCUGCUCAAGAGGAUCGAGUCAAUGUAGCAGAGGUUCUUGUUAACCAAGGAGCUGCUGUUGAUGCACAGACAAAGAUGGGAUACACUCCUUUGCAUGUUGGCUGCCACUACGGAAACAUAAAAAUUGUUAACUUUCUCCUGCAACAUUCUGCAAAAGUUAAUUCCAAAACGAAGAACGGGUACACGCCGCUGCACCAGGCUGCGCAGCAGGGGCACACCCACAUCAUCAACGUCCUGCUCCAGCACGGCGCGGCACCCAAUGAGCUCACUGUGAAUGGAAACACUGCCCUGGCAAUCGCUAAGCGACUUGGCUACAUUUCAGUUGUUGACACAUUGAAGGUGGUGACAGAAGAGACCAUGACUACAAUUACUGUUACAGAAAAGCACAAAAUGAAUGUACCUGAAACCAUGAAUGAAGUUCUUGAUAUGUCUGAUGACGAAGGUAUUAAAAAAUAAAAAACCCUCU